UGAUGGUGAUGAUGAGUGUGUUCAAGUUUACGUGUGCCAUCAUUACCAGGGGGUUGUUCCUCUUCGUGUCGCUGGCUGCCGUGUGGAGGGUGACCUGGGUGAAGGGGGACAACAUCUUCUGGCUCCUCACGUUGCUCUUCUUGCCGCUGCUGCUGGAGAUGAUCGUCACGCUGAAGAGGCGGAAGGGCAAAGAUUACAAAUGGUUUUCUCCACCAAUCUUCCUCUUUCUAAUAAGUAUCAUUCCCUCCAUUUGGAUCCUGGAGCUUCACCACCAGCAGGACAAAGCCAGUGACCCUCAGUGCAAGAAGCUGGACUCGUGGGAGAACGUGAAGCGAGUAAUCACCCUGAACGAGACCUCCAACCUCACGUACCAGAACUACCUGGAGAAUAUCAACCAAGCGUUGUGCUCCAAUGACUGGAUCCUGGCUCUUCACCAGAUCCUGCUUAUCCUCCUUAUCGUGGGAAAGUGGCUCCUCCCACUGGGGGGCGGCGUCACAAGGGAUGAGCUCUCUCAGCUGCUUCUGAUCUUUGUCGGCACGGCGGCGGAUAUCCUCGAAUUCACGAGUGAGACGCUGUCAGAUGUCAAAGAGAACAGUCCUCAACUGGUGUAUAUCAUCUUAGCCGUAUGGACCUGGAGCAUGUUGCAGUUCCCUCUACAUCUGGCUGUGGUGAACUCCAAAUCGGAUUCGGAGGAUGAACAAGGGGGUGUGCAGGAGGUCUCCCUCCUGACUAAACACAGCACGGACAUGUGGGGUAUCGUGGAGGCCUUGUUUAUCCAGGACGGGCCCUUCCUGAUGGUCAGGCUGACCGUCAUGACCUACUUCGAUGUCUUCCACCAGAUGCUAGUCUUCUUUGCUAUCAAGAACUUCCUGGUGGUUAUUUUGAACGUGUACAGACUGGCAGUGAUAUGCCAGAACUUUAGACCUUCCAGGAGCGGCACCGGCCAGGGCAGCGCCAUACCAUAGUCAAGUCAAAUCAGCUUCAGUGGAGAAGAAAAUCCCAAAGUUCGAUUGCUUUCAGCGGAAUGUUCUUGUCCUGUUUGUUUUUUUGUGUGUCACAGUCAUUUAAUUGUUCACAAUUUACGAUUAACUUACAACGGCCUGUAGAUCAACGUUGAUAGAGGAUUGGACUGAGUUACUUGUGUGGCGUUAAAGCUAACAACCACACCAGCAGACAAACAGGAAAAGAGGAAACAGAGCAGGAAAAAAGGGGUGUGUCUGGGUCUGGAAGUUUAGGAGUUGGGGCGGGGGGGUUCAGUUCAAAGUUUGUCAGCACAAAAACAAAUCAAAAUAGUUCCAAAUAGUUCCAAAGCUUGACCCCGGAAAUUAUUCCCAUCUGCAUUCUGUCUGGCAUCAUGUUUAGCAGCAGUCCGAGCAGGAAAAGAAUGGGAAGAGAGCAAAAAAGUCAAAGUGUUUCCAAAGUCUGUGAAGUGCUGACAAAAAUGGGACACGCUUAGACCGUUUGAACUCAGACUGGAAGGUGAAAAAGACUGUGAAAGUUGAGCUGUGAAUAAUUAAAUUAGUUUAUUGGUGAAAUAACACCAUUCAUUCGUGGUUUUAGAAAUUUACUGGAAUGGAAAAUAACACCGUUUUUUACGUCCAAAAGAUACAAAAGGGAAAUUCAUAAACGGAUUGCAUCAAAGUUGUGAUGUUUUCCCGCUUCUGCAGGUUAUAGUCCUUCAAAACAGUUUUAACUGCCUGUUUACAAAGUAAACACAUCGUUUUCCUCACUGUAUUUUCCGUAAAUACAUAUUUUGUAGUCCAGUCGCUGUAAAAAGUCCAACUUUCUGUACCUACUUUUGUUUUUUUUCAAAGGGGACCUAUUAUGCUCAUUUUUCAAUUGAAUUGUGAGCUCCUAUAGAGCAGCUACACACAAUAACCAGCACAGAAAGCGUUCUAGUUCUUCCAGAAUCUGCACCUAUUCAACUGCAUUUCUUUGGAUUUUGUGUUUCCAGCGUAAACAGUCUGUUUUAAUGCAUUCCACCCACAGCCCAUCUGUGCUGUGGUUGCUCACACUAUGAGUACAUAGAAAGUUUGAGUUUGAGUUCCGGUUUGUGCCUCUAACUUUAUAGGAGUUGAUAAUAAACAGCGAUUUCGCCCACUGCUUUGUGCGUAGACUUCCGGUUUGUGCUGCUAACUUUUCCACUUUUAACAUACAGUAUACAUGUGUUGGAGGAAGGGGAGAGAGUUUAUAUAUUAGGAAGUCCACCCCUCUGUGAUGUCACAAAGGGACAGUUUUAACCACGCCUUUUGAAAUCAAGCGUUUUGAGCCAUCCCAAACUUCUUUCAGGGCUAACUUUCAAAUGCGCUAACCUCAUUAUCUGAAACUUUGGCAUCGUUUAACAUGGGAAUAGUACAUUCUAACUACAUUUAUAGAUCAGAAAAGUGGAAAAAAGCAAAAUAGGUCCCCUUUAAGUGUUGAUAGCACCAUUUGUGUUUAAAUGUGAGCCGUUUUCCUCUACUGCUGCUUUAUUGUGACGCAUAAACCUCGCUGUUGCCCCCUGCGGAGCGGAGCAAAUAAUGCAUGAACAAGCUGAAUGGUUGAACAUUAUUUGGGUGACGUUCGGCAGGAUAAAUGAGAUGCUUUAGCGGGUCACGUUUAAUGACAAAUGGUUUUUUUCCAUGCCUGGAUCAGCAUUAUUGUGUUAAAACACACACAUGGGAUUUAAUUGUUUUUUUUAUGUCCUGUAUGACUUGUUUCAUAAAAAAAAAGACCAUUAAAAUAUCAGUUUUACAUAG